AUGAUUGGAAAUGGGCGAGGAUUGGAACUUCGGGAGGAGUACGACAUGAUGCUGCAGUUGGUGCGGGCUCAUAUGUUGCGUCGUGACCAGGGGGUGCAGCCAAUCGUCCUUCAGGUUCAACAAGAGGGAGCGGAAAACAGGGAGCAAGUGACACUGGUUUUUGGCCAAGUUGAAGCGGAGGCUGGAAGCACCCCGCUUUCGGCCGUCGCGACGGAGCAGAUGCCACCCGCGUCUCAAGAUCCGCUCAUAACAGAGUUGGGUCCAUUGCUUCUCCAAGCACUCGCUUUGCAGUUGCUAAUCAGUGAACAGCAGCGUCGUGUGGCCGCUCCGCUGGACCAGGAGGCUGUUGAGAAACUGAGACGUGUUACGCUUGACCGCGAUACGUUAGACCGUCUGGAAACAUCUGGUCAGACUGUUUGCUCCAUCUGCCAGGAAUCAUUUCCGCUGCAGUCUGAAGUGUACUGCCUGCCCUGUGGUCACGUCUUUGAUGUGACGUGCAUGCAGCACUGGUUGGAGCGUACGAGGACGUGCCCAAACUGUCGGUUCACGCUACAAGAUGUGGAGCAGCAGUACAAGGACGCGGCACAGCCAACCUGGUGGGAAUCUAGAUUGGUUGAUGGGGAAGUUGGUGAAACGAAAGGUGACUGGACACUAUGCCCUUCGCACUCGCUUUCUGGAGUUGCAGAGGAGCGAAAUGAGCGUUUGCCGAGCGCCACACCGCGUCGGCACCAACAAAUCACCCAAAGUGUUGGUGUUCCAGUCGACUGCACGAUGCAGCGCCACCAGGAGCGCCCUCAGCAACUUGGGCGAGAAGAGGAAGAACAGACACAGCAAAUGCAGUUAUCUUCCUCUGGGGCAGCUGUCGGCGUAGCACAGGUAAUUAGUGGAGGCGGGGGUGAUGGCACCGGGACUGAAACUUCGCGGACAGUUAGCAGCCCUAAUCGAACUGUAGAUGGCGGACGGCGGCGCUGCGAAACACUCUCUCCAUCGACGUCAAAUGUGAGCAUUACCCAUGAAGCUGUUGACCCUUCCUCUCAUAGUUUGUCUCCUGUUAGUGCAGAUGUUACGAAUCGAAACUCAAGGGAUUGCCCAGUUGAGGUAGCGAACGAAAGCAGCGAACGAAGCGACCAGCUGCGACGGGGAAACCGUUAUACACCGAUGGCGGGGACAACUUUCUUACCGCCACCAGUUGCACUCAACAGAUCCGUAUCACCACCUGUGUCGAGUACUUCUACCCGUAUAGCACACUACGUAGCUGAGGAGGGGUUGCCAACGCGAGUCCCAGAAAUUGUGGCUGUGACGCGUCCCACCGUCAGGUCAGGAUCCCUAUCCCUUACCAACGACUCCGCGAAUCCUCAAUCCCGCUCAACCUUCCUGCAACCGAUUAUGCCAGCGUCCGGGAAUGCCAGGCACGCCAUAAGAGCAUUGAGAAGUCGUCGUAAUGAGCGGGAAGAGGGUAGCUCUCUGUCGUUGACCGAAAGCGGUAUUCUCACGCCACCGGAGGCGGUUGCAGGGGGUCAUGGACGGAUGGGUGGAAAUAACAGAAGUAGACGUAAUGUACACCUCCCACAUCCACCGCAUGAGACCUCCUCCCAGCGGCGUUUGGCGGAAUCCCCACAGUCUCGGGCGCGUGAUGGCGACACACGGGGAGAGGAGCGCAGGCAAAAUGUUGUUCCUCUUCAGCCGAGUGUUCGCGGAAACCAGCGUAAGUUAGCCCAGUACCAGUCAAUUAUCAGGGGUCAGUCAAGGCGUUGCUAA